AUGCCACACCCUUUCCAACAGCUCCAGCAGCUCCAACACCCGCCCGAUCAGUUUCAUGCCGACUCUGGCGGUAGCAGUGGGAGUCUGUCCAGUAUGAGCUCGCCCGCCAUGGCCUCCCGCGCUGGCGAUAACACAGCCAACAUCCGACCGGAUCGGCCGUGUGACGGCUGUCGCCGUCGCAAGAGUCGCUGCGUCAUCAAUGCCGACGCCGUCUCCUGUGUGAUGUGCCAGUUCCACCGGCAGGCCUGUACUUUCAUCGAAGAAGCGGCGCCGAGGAGACGCAAACAGACGAACCCUGUUGCAGUAUCCCCCGAUACCACCACCGCUACUUCGGGAGCUUCCCUAGCUCGACACAGACGAACAGACCUGGAUGGCAAUGGUCAUGCCCCACGACGGCAAUCUGGUGAAUCCAUUCCAACCGGCCCCGUCAUCGACGAUUAUGCCAAAUUGCAGGGAGAGUCGUUGUUGAAGAAAACCCUUGGCCUGCAAACCCACCGCUAUGCAAAGUACAUUGGUCCGACCGAUGAGCAUGACUUUGCACUUCUGGAUUUGAGACUGUACGACGAUAUCAAGGGCGAGUCUCCUGCCGACCAGGGAUCCUUUCGCAAAGUCGGCCCCAACGAGUUUUUCCAUCAGUAUGCCGAUGCGGACUCUCCCAAUCACUUCCGAGAGAUUGAAGAGCUUGACAACAUCGAGCGCAUCGUUGCACCUCAUGGUGAAGCUCUGAUCAAGCUCUAUUUCCGCAUCGUCCAUCCCAGCUUUCCCAUACUCCACAAGAAGGUGUUUCUGGAGAAGUACGGGCGGACAUAUCGGGAGUUUUCACCCCCCUUACUCGCCGCCGUCUACAUCCUUGCCUUGAACUGGUGGUCCUACAGUGCCGAACUGGCCAAGUCGCUCAAACCUGACGUCGCCCACCUGGAAGACAUCGCUUACCGGACGUUACAAGAUGUAUCGCACCGGGCCAAAUUGUCAACGGUGCAAGCGGGGCUGCUACUCCUUCAGCGACCGGGCAGUAAUCAGGCGUGGCAGUUAACGUCCCAACUGGUCGCCAUCGGGCAAGACCUGGGCCUUCAUCUGGACUGUUCGAAUUGGCGAAUACCUUUGUGGGAACGGGGUCUCCGGAAGCGGUUGGCGUGGGCGCUUUACAUGCAGGACACCUGGUCUGCCUUGAUCUACGGACGGCCGCCACACAUUUCCUCGACGAAUUGGGCAGUACAGCCUGUGACUGGCAGUGAUUUCCCGGAGAGUGCGGCAGAUGAAGACGAGGAGGACGGCAGCACGGAAGUGGAAAAGGGUCGCACACUGUUCAGUGCCAUGAUCACCCUGACCAAGAUGCUUACCGAAGUCCUCGAAGGGCUAUACUCGUCCAAGGCGGAAAUGGAGGUGAAGAACGCCUACGACACCACCAAAGCCAUCCUCGAAAGAGCCAAACCCAUCCAACUCAAGCUUCGAUCGUGGUAUGCUGAUAUGCCCGAAGUCCUCCGGAUGGAUGCGACCAAAGUGGGCAAGUUGAGCUCGGUCGGCUAUCUACAUCUUGCGUACUUUGCCACGGAAAUCACCCUACAUCGGCGAGUGAUUCGGUCUUUAUCGCACAGCACCGACCCAUACUUGGUCCAGAUCUGUCGGUCAGCAGCCAAGGCCAGGCUCAUCAGCGCCAUGGACUUUUUCAACCGGCUGAAGCCCGAGCAUCUUCAGUCCUUCUGGUAUUUCGCGUCCAAGUUCAACUUUGCGCUCAUUGGCACAUUUGCCGGCCUCUGCUUUGUCACCUCGGUCAGCCAGGAAGAAGCCGAAUUCUACCGCCGACGACUACAAGAGUACCGCUGGACGUUGCGGGUGUCCAACAAGAGUGCCGAGUUUCUAGAGAUUGCCAGUGGCAUCCUGGAAUCAGCCGUGGGCGCACUGUUGAAAGCGGCCGACAGUAUCGACAGUCGACGCCUUGCAUUUCCCAUGCUUCAACAACAGGCGGUAGAAGAGGAUGCUACGAUGGACGCCUUCUAUCAGGGCACCCACGAGGAGUACUACGACACACCCAUGGAACCUUGA